AAAAGGCUUUCCUUCUCCCUUACAGAGAUGGGGGCCCAGAGGAGCUGGUGGCCGAUCUGGGCUGGAGUCAGCUUCUUGCUGGUCCCCCUGCCCACCGCGGACGCAUCCUGCUCUGGGGUAAAAUGUGGGCCCCAGGAGCGCUGUCAGAUGGUGGCUGGCAAGCCAACGUGUUCGGCCGCCUCCACCGCCACGUGCUGGGCCCAGGGGGACCCCCACUACACGACCUUUGACGGCCGCCGCUACGACUUCAUGGGCACGUGCUCCUACACGCUGUCUGAGUUUUGCGGCUUUGACGACACCCUGCCCUCCUUCAGUGUGGAGACCAAGAACGAGCAUCGGAACAGCAAGAAGGUGUCCUACGUGGGCCUGGUGACCGUCAGUGCCUACAGCCAGGUGGUCUCCCUGGCUCGAGGGGAGCACGGCUUUGCCCGGAUCAACAACCAGAAGUCUCGGCUGCCGGUGUCCCUGCAUGACGGGAAGCUGAGGGUGUUCCAGAGCGGGACCCAGGGGGUGAUCGAGAUGGACUUUGGGCUUCGUGUCACCUACAACUGGGACUGCCGGCUGAGCCUGACCCUGCCGUCCCGCUUCCAGAACGAGGUCUGCGGGCUCUGCGGGAACUACAACGGGAACCCCGCGGACGACUUCCUCAAGCAGGACGAGACUCUGGCCACUGACGCCGUGGAGUUUGCCGAGAGCUGGAAGCUCGACGAUGGUGACCAGUUCUGCUCCAACGAUUGCCAGGGAGGCUGCCCCAGCUGCACCCCUGGGCAGACCCAGCACUACGAAGGCGACAGGGUCUGCGGGAUGCUGAGCCUGGCGACGGGCCCCUUCGCCCUCUGCCAUGACAUCCUGGACCCCCAGAGUUUCCUGAAAGACUGCGUCUAUGACCUGUGUGCCAGCAACGGCGACCGGCCCAGCCUGUGCCGCGCCCUGGACUCCUACGCCACGGCCUGUAGGGAGCAAGGGGUCACCGUCCAGGACUGGCGGACAGCUGCUGGCUGCCCCAUGACCUGCCCUCCCAACAGCCAGUACUCCCCCUGUGGCAGCGCCUGCCCCCCCUCCUGCUUUGGGGACUCGGCCCCCGCUGACUGCGACUCCCGGCCCUGCGUGGAGGGCUGCGUGUGCAAGCAGGGCUUUGUGCUGAGCGGGGACACCUGCGUGCCCAGCUCGGCCUGCGGCUGCCAGUACCAGGGCCUCGUGCUGGCCCCCGGGGAGGAGAUCUGGGGCGACGAGCUGUGCCGGAAGCGCUGCGUGUGCAAUGGGAAGACUCAGCAGGUGGAAUGCAAAGACACGGGGGGCUGCCCAGCGGGAGAGCGCUGCCGGGUGCAGGACGGGCUCCAGGGCUGCUACCCAGACCACUUUGGGACGUGCCAAGCCUCCGGGGACCCCCACUAUGUCAGCUUUGACGGGCGGCGCUUUGACUUCAUGGGCACCUGCGUCUACUUGCUGGCGGGGUCCUGUGGCCAGGACGCGAACCUGCCUUCCUUCCGGGUCCUGGUGGAGAAUGAGCACAGGGGCAGCCAGACAGUGUCCUACACCAGGGCCGUGCGCGUCCAGGCCCGCGGUGUGGAGGUUGCCGUCCGCAGGGAGCACCCCGGCCGGGUCCUGGUGGACGGUGUGCUCCGGUACCUGCCCCACCAAGCAGCCGGGGGCCAGGUGCAGAUUUUCCAGAGCGGGUACGAUGCCGUGAUCCGCACCGACUUCGGCCUGACCGUCUCCUACGACUGGAACGCCCGUGCCAAGGUCAAGGUUCCCAUCAGCUACGCCAACGCCCUAUGCGGCCUCUGUGGCAACUUCAACAAGGACCCCAAGGACGACUUCACCCUGCGGGAUGGGUCCCUGGCUGCCAAUGCCUUGGCCUUCGGCCAGAACUGGCAGGAGGAGACCCUCCCUGGCUGUGGGGCCGUGAGCCCGGGCGAGUGCCCACAGCUGGACACCCUGUUAGCACAGCAGGCGCAGAGCAAGAAGGAGUGUGGGCUCCUGAAGGACCCGGCGGGGCCCUUCCGGGACUGUCAGGCCAAGGUGGACCCUGACGGCUUCUUCCGGGACUGCGUGUAUGACCGGUGCCUGCUGCCCGGCCAGCCCGACGUGGGCUGCGAUAACCUGGCUGCCUAUGUGGCUGCCUGCCACGCCGCCGGGGCCACCGUCCACCCCUGGAGGACGGACCAGUUCUGCCCCGUGGCAUGCCCCGCCCACAGCCACUACGAGGAGUGCUCCCGGGGCUGCCCAGCAUCCUGCAGCGACGCCUCCGUCCCCAGGGGCUGCGGCUCCGAGUGCCACGAAGGCUGUGUGUGCGACGAGGGCUUCGCUCUCAGCGGGCAGGACUGCGUGCCCCUGGCCCAGUGCGGCUGCCUGUUCCAAGGCGUUUACUACGAAGUGGGCCAGUCCUUCUACCCGGGCCCCGGCUGCGACUCCCUCUGCCAGUGCGGGGAGGGCGGCGUGGUCACCUGCUCGCCCUCCGCCUGCGGCCCCCACGAGGACUGCCAGGUGGCCGGCGGCGCCCUGGGCUGCGUGGUCGUGGGCUCGGCCACCUGCUCGGCCUCCGGGGACCCCCACUACACCUCCUUUGAUGGGCGCAAGUUUGACUUCAUGGGCACUUGCGUCUACACCUUGGUCCGCACCUGCGGCUCUCAGCCCGGCCUGGAGGACUUCGAGGUCCUGGUGGAGAACGUGGCCUGGGGCAACGGGGCGGUCAGCGUCACUCGGGUGGUGACCGUCCGCGUGGCCGCCGUCUCCUUGGUGCUGGAGCAGCACCAGUGGAAGGUCAAGGUGAGGGUUCACCCGGAGAGGACGGGCGGGGGUGCGGAGCAGCCCCCCGGCUGGUCCCUGGGCCCCGAGGACGGGUGGGAGGGGGCCCCUGAACUUCCCCGUGGUCCUGUCCGGGGCCGUCCCGAGCCUACCAGUGGGCGGAAGGCCGGACCAAAUGAAACCGGGACUUUUGGCCUGGGGUGCCACCACCUCGCUUCAAGUCCCUGCCCCCGUUGGCCUCACCGGCAAGCCUUGCCUGGCGGGAACUCAAUGGGGAAGCCCGAGGACAUUUCCAGGAAACCCCACCGGCCAGCUGGCCGUGGCCCCCCUCGGGCCUUCGGGGACCCGUGCCGCCCCCCCGCCGCCCCCUGCCCGGCACCCCGGGACUGCCCCAGCCCGCCCCAGUGCCGGCCCGAGCUGGCCGAGACCUACGGGCAGGAGCGCUUCUGCGGCUUCCUCACCAGCCCCCAGGGGCCCCUGGCCGCCUGCCACGCCCUGGUCAGUCCCAGCGGCUACUUCGACGACUGCGUCUUCGACCUCUGCCUGGGCGGGGGCAACCAGGACAUUCUGUGCAACAGCAUCCACGCCUACGUGGCCGCCUGCCAGGCCGCGGGGGGCACCGUCCAGCCCUGGAGGAGCGACAAGUUCUGUCCCCUGGAGUGCCCCCCCAACAGUCACUAUGAGCUGUGUGCCGACACCUGCUCCCUGGGUUGCUCGGCCCUGAGCGCGCCCCCCAACUGUCCCGGCACCUGCUCCGAGGGCUGCCAGUGCGACGUGGGCUUCGUCUCCGACGGCCGGGCCUGCAUCCCCCUGCAGGACUGCGGCUGCUACGUGGAUGGCAGAUACUACGAGCCCAACCAGCCCGUGCUGCUCCACAACUGCAGCCAGGAGUGCACGUGCCGCCCCGGGCAGGGCCUGCAGUGCCAGGACCACACAUGUGGCGCCGGGCAGGUGUGUGAGCCCUCAGAUGGCAUCCUGGGCUGUGUGACCAAAGACCCGUGCCAGGCCGUGACCUGCCUGGAACAGGAGACGUGCCAGGUGCAGAACGGCCAGGGCGUCUGCGUCCCUAACUACCAGGCCACCUGCUGGCUGUGGGGGGACCCCCACUACCACUCCUUCGACGGCCGAGACUUUGACUUCCAGGGCACCUGCUCCUACGUGCUGGCGGCCCUGUGUGGGGGGCCCUCAAGUCUCCCCGCCUUUACAGUCACCACCAAGAACGAGAACAGGGGGAAUCCCUCGGUCUCCUACGUGAGAAUCGUCACCGUCACAGCCCACGGGACCAACAUCUCUGUGCACAAGGGCGAGGCUGGCCGAGUGCGGGUCAACGGCGUGCUGACCACUCUUCCAGUGAGUGAGGCUGGGGGGCGCCUGGUAGUGUCCCAGGGCCCCGGCCUGGCCGUGCUGGAGACCGACUUUGGCCUCCGGGUCACCUACGACUGGAACUGGCGCGUGGAGGUGACCCUGCCCAGCAGCUACCACGGGGCUGUGUGCGGCCUGUGCGGGAACAUGGACAAGGACCCCACCAACGACAUGGCCUUCCCCAAUGGGACCUUGGCCUCCUCCAUUCCCAGCUGGGGCGGCAGCUGGCGGGUGCCCGAGUGGGACCCUUUCUGCUGGGACGAGUGCCACGGGAACUGCCCGACGUGCGAGGAGGACAAGAAAGAGCAGUAUGGGGGGCCAGACUUCUGUGGGCCCCUGGCUCCCGGUGCGGGGGGGCCCUUCUCGGCCUGCCAUGCCCACAUCAAGCCCGACCCCUUCUUCACCGGCUGUGUCCUGGAUGUCUGCCUUGGCGGCGGCUCUCAAGACAUCCUGUGCCCAGCCCUGGCCUCCUAUGCGGCCGCCUGCCAGGCUGCUGGCAUCGCCAUCGGGGACUGGAGGACCCAAGCCAAAUGCCCGUACCCCUGUGGGCCAAACAGUCACUAUGAGCUGUGUGUGCCAGCCUGCCCACCCAGCUGCCCGGGGCCAGCCCCCGCCCCGCCGUGCUCUGGAAAGUGCUCCGAGGGAUGCCAGUGCGACGACGGCUUCAUCCUGAGUGGCAGCGUCUGCGUGGCCCGCGAGGGCGGCUGCGGGUGCUGGGCCAACGGCACCUACCACGAGCCCGGGGCCGAGUUCUGGGCUGACGCCAGCUGCUCCUCCCUGUGCCGCUGCGAGCCCAGCCAAGGCCAGCUGCUCUGCAACCCGGCCAGCUGUGGGCCGGGCCAGGAAUGCGCCAUCCUCUCCACCGGCCUCCGCGGCUGCCGCCCCCUCAGCAGCGCCACGUGCCAGGCGUCCGGCGACCCCCAUUACGUGACCCUGGACGGGAGGCUCUUCGACUUCCAGGGCUCCUGUGAGUACCUGCUGAGCGGCACCUGCACCGACCCCCAGCCCGGAACGGAGACCUUCUUCGUCACCGUGGCCAACGCCCACCGUGGGAACAAGGCCGUCACCUACACCCGGGACGUCACUCUGCACGUCUACGACCACAGCUUCUCCCUGAGCAGCUCCUUCCCCCGCAAACUGAAGGUGGACGAUCAGCUGGUGGCCCUGCCCUUCCGGCUGGACACGCGUCUCCAGGCGUACCUCAGCGGUGCGAGCGUAGUGAUAGAAACAGUUUUCAGCCUGAGUCUGACCUUUAACGGGGAUAGCCUGGUGCAGCUGCGAGUCCCGGCUCCGUACGCAGGCACUCUGUGCGGCCUCUGUGGAGACUACAACGGGGACCCCGCCAACGACCUCACCCCCAAGGGCGGCCAGCCGGGCAACGAUCCCGUGGCCUUCGGCCACAGCUGGAAGGUGGGCGGCGGUCCGGACUGUGGCGUCUGUCCUCCCAGCGAGUGCCCAGACAGCUGCAGCGAGCAGGAGCAGGCCCAGUUUGGGGGCCCGGAGGCCUGUGGGCUGAUUUCAGCAGUCCAAGGACCCCUCGCCGCCUGCCAUAGCCUGGUGGAUCCCACCCCCUCUUAA